GAAUACUUCACAUUUGCAUUUGGGCGACUGCGGCGGCGCCACUCUGAAGAUCCGCCGUCUCCACCGCAUUCCCCCGUUGGUGUUAUUAAGUUCAGAGAUGAAAACUGCUGAUAAUUCCAAAAUGGAUCAAGAUUUCUUCGAAUAUCUACCAUCGGAAAUCGUAGUAAAUAUCCUCUCAAGACUCCCCACUCGAGCAGCUGCGGUCUGCAAGUGUGUUUGUAAGCCAUGGCUUGGUCUUCUCGCUACCCCCGAGUUUGUGAAUUCCCAUAUUUCUAGACCAGUCCCUGGCAUCGUUGUUGAAACACGCUCAAGGUCAUACGACGUGAUUGAGUUUGUGGAUGAACUUGGCCUCCACUUUGAUGAUGAGCAUCGUGCAAUUGUAGCCUUCAACUUCGAACUCCCUUUUGAUGUGCCAAUGCAUAGUUCAGCCAAUGGUUUGAUCUUUCUAAGUGGUGUCGACCGUGAUGAUCUUAUCCAGUGCAAUCCAAUCACACGUGACUAUAUCAAGCUCCCUUCUCCUCGACAAACUACCUCAAAAGAUCAGCUUGCGGUUGAGAAUUUUGGAUUUGGAGUGAGCAAGAUGACCGGCCAAUAUAAGGUGGUUAGGCUUUUCGGUGAAAAACCACUACAUGAGGAGUACAGAAUUGAGUGCCAAGUAUACAAUGUUGGAACCGGAUCGUGGAGAAAAGUUCCCUCUGGUAGCAUUGAUAGCUCGCUUAAGUUAUAUAAAGACGUUCGAGGGGUGCUUCUGGAUGGAAAUCUUCAUUGGAUGGUCGACAAAACAACAAAUUUCUCUUGUAGAUGGGUUCUUCGCUUUGAUCUUCAAACAGAACUUUUUAGCGUCUUUUCUGCACCUCCUCCUAUCGGUAUAAAUUUUCUCUUUGGUAGGUCACUCUGUUUUUUCAGGGAUUGCCUCGGUUUAAGCGAUUUUUCAGACGAUAGGAGCAUUUUAAUCUGGUUUUUGGUUGAAGAUAAGGGGAUUUGGGACAAGGACUUUAUCCGUGAGUUUGGUAGACGUGAUCAUUAUAAUUAUGUUUGGCCAAUAAGAGCUUUCGAAAAUGGUGAUGUCUUCAUGGAAUCGGAUUUUGGAAACCUACUCUACUACUCCAACAAGUCGAAAACUUUUGACUAUAACGUUGUGGUUCGAGAGGAUCGUGAUACUUACACCCCUACGACCAUGUAUGCCUCAAGCUUUCUCUCGCUAAAGAGUUUUGUGAUGGAGAAUGUUAGCUCAUUUUGAGUUAUGACUGUAGUUUGAUUACUAUGAUAGUCGUUAAACCGUAUGCCUCUUUUGUAGGAUUGUCUUGUAACUCUCUGAACAUUGUUUCUUGCCUUCCUUUUUUGCUUAGUUUGGAGAAGGCAGUUGUUCAAUGUUUUGUUCAUGAAAAUCUAUUAGAAACAAUGAUAUCAAUGGAGCUUUUGCUAUAAGCCUUCUUUUUUC